UGCCACCUGCCAGCCCUGGAAUUGCAUUCUUGAGUCUGGGGAGAAAGGCUCCGCCGGGCUCCUGGGCACGGCCCUGACUCUAAGGGCCUCUGGUUCCUCUCCCAGGCGGGAUUGAGGAGGUGGGGCUGCGCGUCUCCUUAUCUCCAGAGCCAGCCCGCCCGGGCCUCCCAGGGGGGGAGCGCCUCAGUCCGGGCUCCCUGCCAUGGGGUCUUUGCUCCCGCUGUCUCUGUUUUUUUGGCUGGUGGCUGCCUGCCUGGGAGGCGGGAGCGCGCGGGGACGCAGGGCUGAGCGGGUGCAAGGCCCCAGGGGCAGCCCUCCUACACCCUCGGGGACCUCGGCGCCCUUCUGGGUGAGACUAAGCCCGGAGUUCGCGGCGGUACCGCCGGGGGGCUCGGUGUGGCUCAACUGCAGUAGCAACUGUCCCCUGCCGGAGGAGCCCAGACUGCGCACGCGCCUGCGGCUGGGCCAGAAGCGCACCGGGCCGGGCUGGGUAUCCUACCAGCUGCUCGACGUGCGGGCCUGGAGCUCCGACGUGCGCUGCUUCGUCACCUGCGCCGGAGAAACGCGCGAGGCCACCUCCAGGAUCACCGCCUACAGUGAGGGACUGGGCUCAGGCCCAGCUGGGGGAAGGGGACAGGGACGCGCUAAGGGGCGCUCGCGGAUCUUACUGGGGGGGCCCCCCUCUUACCUUAGAACGGCCGCGCAGCGUGAUUCUGGACCCUCCAGUCCUCGAGGACGGCAAGUACACUCUGCGCUGUCACGUGACGCAUGUAUUCCCCGUGGGCUUCUUGGUGGUGACGCUGAGACGGGGAGGCCGGGUCAUCCAUUCCGAAAGCCUAGAGCGCUAUACCGGCCUGGAUCUGGCCAAUGUGACCCUGACCUACUUGUGGCACGCUGGACCCCGCGACCACUGGCAGCCCGUGACCUGUCACGCACGCUUCAACCUGGACGGCUUGAUAGUCCGCAGCAGUUCGGCACCCGUGACGCUGGCCCUCCUCGUUCGAAGUCCCGAGUCCAAAGUGUUGGCCUCCACCUCCAUAGCUGCCCUCGUGGGGAUCCUUCUCGCCGUGGGGGCUGCCUACCUGUACAAGCGCCGAACGACGACGCAGACCCAGUCGUAGAGGGAUGGCUUAUGCCGGGCGAGCCGGAGGAGAAAGGAAUCUGGGACAAUUUGGGGGAAGCUGCCCAGAUCAAUAAAGCUUUCUUCAAGCCACUCUUUGCUGCGCGGCCUAAAUAGUCCCCUUUGCGGGCUAUCACUUUCUCCAAGUUCCUUGUCUCCUUAAGGGCACCUGAUGUUUUCCCGCCCAGAGCCCACUUGGGGUCCCAGAGUCCCAAUUCUUCUCCACCUAGCGGGCGUAGUGUUGUAAAACUCUCCUGCAGGUAUUAUCGAAGCGUUGCAGACGAGCUAAGCUCUAUCUUGCUCUGGAGAGCCUCUGGGCGCGGGAAGGGCUGGUUCAUGGAUGGCUUUUCCUGAUUGGCUUCUUCGCUACCACGCAGCGGCUCUGAUUGGAUGCUAAGUUUCCUUUCCCACCCCCCAUCUCCACUUUAGACCUGGAGUCUGCCCGCAGGCCAACAGUGAAGCGAGAACUUAAGCCCAUCGUUCACCCGUUAACGCUGAGGGUGAGACCACACAUGGGCGGGGCCACAUGGAAAAUUGAGGACAUGACAUUGGCAAAGGAGGUGCCCAUGCAGUGACAGUGGAAAGGGAAAAUCAGAGGGCCCACAUGGAAUGCAAUCCUGGUCGUCACCGGGCCAGGUUGGCACAUGGAGACGCGUUAAAGCUUGGAGCCGGGAGACAGGGUCGAAAGCGUCACCGCUGGUCUCUCGAUAUUGCGUGGAUGCAGAAUCCGGGCCCGUACUAAGGGUGCCCGGCAGAGCCGGCCUGUUCCAGGGCUCAGCCCACCGCGCAGAAGACGGAUUCCGGGGCGCUUUUUCAGCGGCUCGCGCGCACAUAGGCCGAAUAGACACGUGUCCGCUGCACGCUGGGUAAAUACAGACCCGGAGCCGAGCCGAUCUAAUUUAGACGCCCCCGAACGCUGCGCGCACGCACACGUGUCUCCGACUC